AUGCAGCGCCGCACGGGACAGCAGGGCUGGACCGGCGGUGAGGUGGGACUAAAGGUUGGAUUUUAAGGCGGGGGCGGCUCCCGGAGACACGCGCUCAGGUUGGAAGGUGGGGUGAAUGGCCGGUCGGCGAGCGCACCUUACUCUGCACCCCUGCGCCCACCUUGGGAACUGCACGCGGCACCCUCACCCCCCACGCUGAUGAUAGUACGGCCUGCAGGCCUCCCCUGGCGAACGAAGCUAAUGGUUCGUUCCACCCCGCCCACACAGAGGCUGCCCACCGGCUCCGCAGCUCUCGGGACUCCUCCGUCAGACCAACUACAGAAGGGGUUUGGCCUUCGCCCUCAGUCUCUCUUAAGGGCAGGGGACGUUGUCUUCGGCUCUGACCCCGCACUCGGACCCAGACCAGGUCCCAGGCUCCGCCUUGUACUUAUGCCUAGGAAGCCGGCCAACCACCGCCUUCAGACCUUGGGGGAAAGUUCUGCCUCUGCUCUCAGGCUCUGA